CGGCCUCCCCACCGACCAGAUUUCGCACCGUGGAACGUCGUACGUGGAGUGCCCGCGACUCACUUUUGAAAUUGUAUAACACCGACGUUUUAACGCUGCCUUGUAAAAAAUCCGCUUGGGUAAUUUUUCUCGCGCUCUACACAUCCAAGCAACUGAAAAACGUGCACCACCAAUGGCCACCCUGACCACCAUCAGACUCAACAAGAGCGAUUCGCCCAGCUGGGGCUUCAGGUUGCAAGGCGGCAAAGAUUUCGGAGCCCCCCUGGUCAUUCAAAAAGUAAAUGGUGGUUCUCCGGCUGAACGCGCUGGACUUAUAGCAGGAGAUUCUGUAAUCAAGAUCAAUAACACUGAUGUAUUCAAUUUGUCGCAUAAGGAAGCGCAAGAUGUCAUUGUAAGAGCGGGUCCUUCGUUUGAUAUGGUCAUUACCAGAGGUGGUUCGACGUGGAAGCCGAAGGUUGUGCCCACGGGAGCGGUUCCAAAACCCUCUCCCGUCAUUAACAACAUCAGUCCGGUCACAAAGACAUCGCUCGUUGCACCACCAAGCGACAAUUUCGGAGCCGUCGGUACAGGCUACAACUCGGCUGCAAAGCCAUUUAAUGCGCCAGUUGUAAACGGGGGACUGAAGCCGGCCAACAAACAAUACAAUAGCCCUAUCAAGCUUUAUUCUGAAGAUACUAUAGCCGAAACUCUCCUUGCACAGACUGAAGUAUUAUCGACAGGUGCCUUGGGUGUGAAUUUUAAAAAAAAUGAAAAGGACUACGAUGUUUCUAACAGCGCUGUGUACCGAAUGCUCAAAGAAGCAGAAAAUGAUCCGGGAACUCCAUCAAAUGAUGUAGAACCGGAUUCCGGUGUGGUAACCAGUCCCAAUAGAGGAUCAUUUGGAUUGAAGCACGUGGAAGCACCCCAGAAUCGUCCCACACCUCCAUCACCCCAACUUCCGCCUGGUCAAAAUGUAUGCGCGGAGUGUGAACGUUUGAUCGUUGGCGUGUUCGUUAGAAUAAAAGACAAAAAUCUGCACGUAGAAUGCUUCAAAUGCUCAACCUGCGGGACGUCGCUUAAGAACGUUGGGUACUAUAAUAUUAAUAAUAAGCUUUACUGUGAUAUCCAUGCAAAGUCUGCUGCUCUGAAGAUUGCCGCUCCUGCACCUGGACUUGCUCCUCUAACCGUAUCACCGGGAGCCAAAGGCCCUUCAAGCGCAAUCUCUACUGCACUCUCUAGUCAUCCUUUGCAAUCGCCAUCCCUUCUUUCUCCAAAAAGUAACUUAAGCUCACCGUUCCAGUCUGACGAAAAACAAUCUGUCGAUGGUGUGUCUCCGCCUCUUCCGGCCUUAAAUAACUAUUCCAGCGAACCCAGUAACAAAAUUUCUAGUAACAGCUCCCUCUAUAAUAGUUCUGCUCCUCUAUCAUUCAGUAAAUAUAUUAAUAAGUCUUCUGGGAAUUUGUCUGGACCCAAACCCUUCUCCAGCGUUGCGGCCCCACUGUCUCCCGCGAGCACACUUCCCAGGGCGGCCCCUUUAUCUCCUCAGGGAAACUAUCCUAAAACUCCGUUCUCGUCAGCAAUCUCUCAAACGUCUUACAGUCCAGCAUCGACUGUUGGUAAUAGUACUAACAUUACCUGGCCGCCUCCGCCUCCAGACGACUCCAUCGCGCCGACCGCUUGCCCCUUAUUUUACCCACCACCGUCUCAAAUUGAAACCGAACUGCGAAAACGAAAAGAACAAAAACAAGAAACGUAUGAAAGCGAAUAUUACACCGAAGAAGAAAAUUCCGAACUGAGGAAGUUCAGUAUGGAUGAAACAAGUUCAUUUUAUUCCGACGAAUUAAGUUUCUGUGGUCGUAGAAGUGCCACGGAAUGUGCCGAAAUGCUAUCGGAAACGUUAGAUACACAAAAGCUAGUUGAGCGUGUCAUUCAAGGUCCUCCGGAAAAUGUUUUCCCACCACUUCAACCGGAGGCGAUUAUCGAAUUUGAUAACAAAAACGUGAAAACUGUUGAAAUUAAGGAGUCUGUUCAAGAAUUUAAAUAUAAAGCGAGUCAUGAAGUCAACACCGAUACUACGUGUUCCAUUCAAAGUGAGAGCCACAUUCCUGCGCCACCUAAAGUGGGUGAGCAUCCUGCUUCGGGGCUUGUCACAAUUGAGAAUUCGGUACCGAAAAAGUGGGAAUCUACGUUAACCCAAGGGAUCAGGACAGUUUCACCUGAUAAGGACACCUUUGCACAGAUUCCAACCAGGAAGACUAUUACAUCAUUAGGAUCGGCAUUGGCUGUUACUCCUAUUCAGCCAUUCAAUCCAGCGUCAAAAUCAAUUCUUGAACCCGUACCUUUACCGGAGGAGACCGAGCCUUACUUUCCUCCUCCAAUAAAAUCGGAACAAACUGAAGAACCCGUAAAAAUCGAGAGUAAAAACGAAGAAAAAGUCCCAAAACCGAGGAGUGUGUUUGUUAAAGCUUUAGAAAUCGCCCCCGAGUGUCCAUUUGUUCCGAUUGGGGGGGUUUCUGCCCUGCCGCCUCCCGUCAAGAAGAAACCCAAGGACCCCCUGGACAAAUUGCUAGAAGAAUUGCCAAAACCAAAAGAGCGACUUGAUAUGAGAUCCGCUUUGACGACCGCGCCUGAAAGGUCUUACACGCCUCUAACGAAUGACGAAGAAACUGAUAUACCAACAAACCAUCAAGAACCGAGAAAGUCAAGUAUCGAUCGUUCGCAGCUGCACAGGCCCCUGAAGCCGGAUGAACUACCAGCUUCUUUUAAAAUGAACGAAAAAUUAGCAAAACCACCCAGCUACUAUUUUCCUACUAUUCAACAAAUUAUCGAAUCGGAUCAAACAACUACGGAAACUAGAGAAAACGUAGAGAAUAUUGAACAAAUAAUUACGGAAAAGGAAACUAUUCAGCCGGCUCAAUACAGUCAACAAAUUGUUACCAGCGGAUCUCAGGACCAAAUGGCCACCAAUUUUCCUCCAUUUUUCCAAGGGUUUACCUGUUCAUUUCAGAAUAAAACCGAUCACUCUCAGUUUUCUAUCGAGGUAUCCACCACACCUCCUGUGCCCACCCCAUCACCGAUACCGCAUACGCCCAUUUCGUAUAUAGCCACUGUUGAAGAAAAACCGGCUGUUGUUCAGAAAGAGACGAUAAUACAGGAAAAUCGAGUACAGCAACAAACCUCAAACCGACAGGAAUCCUUCAAACAGGAAGUGAAAACGCAAGUUUUGGAGAAACAAGCUGAGGAUGUUGUGCAGGUCAAACCAGCUCCGGUCAACUUGAUUUUGCAUAAGCCGGGAACACUGCCGCAGUACCAAGUUGACCUUCGUGCUACAGCCGAAGCGGAGCUCAUCUUGAUGGAGAGAAAGAAACAGGCUGAAGCUAGAAUAGAGCAGCAAAAAAUUCAACGGGAACAGCAACAACAAAUGGAGAUGAAAGAUGAAGUUGUAGUGUCGAAUAAUAAACAACAAAACUCUGAGAAUAGUUUACAAAAUACUAACGAAGUGCACUUAACAAAACCUGUGAUUUUGUUACAACCCGGCGACUCAGGUCCGACGACUGAAGAUAUAAGUUUUAAAUCCAUGGCAAGUGAUAAGUUGCCGCGUGCUGUAUCUCCGCGAACUAGAUCUUUAACUCCUAGUAUGAUAAGUAAAGCUCCGCCUCUCUUGCCUUACUACCAGGAAGAUCUCGUUGCCCACUAUAAGCCUGCAGUUGAGACCCAUUUGUUCGACCCAAAAAGUCCAAAUAUUUCUAGGUCGCCGAGUCCCUGCUUGGCAAAAAUAAGAAGCGCGAGUCCUUCGGCAUUACGCAAGUCGAUUCCACCUACUCAGGACCCAAAGAUUGAGAAGUCAAAGCAACAUAUUCAAGCGGCUGUAGCGGAACAGAUUAAACCGCAGUCAAUUCAAAGCUGCGACUCAAAGUUACAGGUAGAUGGAAAUGCUGCUAGUUGCGGAACAAGCGCCUCCAAGCUUGGCCAGCUUUGUCAAGUCAACCUGCAGCACACGCAGCAGCAACGUUACGAUGAUAGCAGCUCGAGAUCGGAUCAAGUGUGCAACGUGGGUAAUGUUGAAACGAGAAUUUCGGAGCAGUCUGAACAAAAACAUUUAGAAUCCCAGAGCAAUUCGCAGUACCAAAGUCGCGAAACCUCUGCCGACGGCCUCACGCAAAUUCAGAAAAAGAAAACUGUGAUUGAAGAAUAUGAACGCACUCAGAAGGAAACGAAUAUUCAGAUCGAGAAAAAAAUUUCUUCAAUAGCGAAGCAUCCAUUUCAAAGAAUCAACGCACCGGCUGAAGAGAAACACUCUGAAAGUCUUCAUGUGACAGAUCCUAAACGAAUAUCGGUAGCUUUUGGAAAUUCACCAUGUCCAUUUCAACUGAACUCUGGCUCAAAUUUGCAACAGUACACUCAAGCGAGUCCUCAAGCACCCAAUUUUCAGCUGCAAGCCUGCCCUUUUAACCUGGCACCUAAUAAACCUAGCUCUGCUCAAGAUGUGUCCCAAUUACCUAGUCAUAACGUUAAUAGAUCCAGUGUUCCUCAAUCCGACAUAGGUGCUGGUACAGGACGUCAAGCAGGUGGUGUAAGCGUGACUCCGAGAAAGGGUCGUGGUGUCCUGAAUGCUGCAGUCCUCGCAGGUUCUAGAGUUCCACUUUGUGGCUCCUGCCGAGGUCAGAUAAGAGGGCCGUUUAUAACAGCGCUCGGGCAGAUUUGGUGUCCCCACCAUUUUGUUUGCGCAACACCGUCGUGUAAACGCUCGCUGCAAGAUUUGGGUUUCGUUGAAGAAAAAGGACAGCUUUAUUGCGAAUAUUGCUUCGAGCAGUAUUUGGCACCACCGUGCUCGAAAUGCUCUGCGAAAAUCAAAGGAGAUUGCUUGAAGGCAAUCGGGAAAAACUUUCACCCUGAAUGCUUCAACUGUGUCUACUGCGGAAAACUAUUUGGAAACUCUCCGUUUUUCUUAGAGGACGGCAGUCCAUAUUGCGAAGCCGACUGGAACGAACUCUUCACUACUAAGUGUUUCGCUUGCGGAUUUCCCGUGGAAGCUGGCGAUCGUUGGGUUGAAGCACUCAACAAUAAUUACCACAGCCAAUGUUUCAAUUGCACGAUGUGUAAAAAGAAUCUGGAAGGUCAGAGUUUCUUUGCAAAAGGAGGUCGACCGUUCUGCAAGAAUCACGCUCGCUAGGAUCAUAUGGGCGGAUUCCCUGCUUCUAAGUCAAUACUUUACUAGCUUUACUUGUUACCAUUUUAAAUAAUACAUGUAUAUAAAUAUUCAAACACGCGCUUGCAUGUGAAUUGUGCCACGUACGCUAUCUAUUUUGUUCCCUUGUAAGUUAAAAUAUGAAACUCUAGGAAAAUUAUUGUUUCCACGGCUGUCGUAUAUCAAAGUUUAAUUCUGGUGUGUGUACAUUUGAAUGGUGUAAAAUUUCCUUAUUUUAUUUCUAUAUUCGAAACAAUGCGCGACUCUAAUAUAUUGUAGAUAUGUAAAAUAUAUAUCAAAAUGUAUUCUAUAUAUGCAUUCAUCGUUAAGAAGGAUUGUUUCAGGCCAUGUAUAGAAUGUAUAAAUAAAUAUAACUACUGUUCCGGUUUUCGCGUUUUCCCU